AUGAUUUUUUUUUUUUUUUUUCAGUGUUAAGACAAUGGCUUUACAAGAAGAAAUAUGCAGAGAAUUACGGGCCAUGUAUCAAUGUGCAUUUUGUUCUACAAUAUCAAAUGGAAAAUUUUGCUUAUUAGAUUGCCUACAUUUUAUUUGCGAUAAGUGUUUGCUUAUUAUCCCAGAAAGAGAGAAUUCAGGUGUGGAGUGCAAAAAAUGUAGAGUUAUUACACAAAAUUGCAGCCUCUUAGAAUAUCCUACUAUUAUACCACCCGGUGUUUUUCAAAGUACAACAUGCAGUGUAAAUAUAUGUAAUGAAUUAUCAAAAAAAAUGUGUAUACAGUGUAAAAAUUUGUUCUGUAUAUCAUGUGCAAAAAUACAUUUAGAAACAACAAAUGAUCAUGUUCCUAUUAUAAAGGAAAAAUUCUUUAAACCAUGUUCUCAAUGUUAUGAAAGAGCUGUUGAGGUUUACUGUCUGGAUUGUUCAGUAAUAGUUUGUUCUCUUUGUCAAUCAAUAAAACACCGCUUUCAUCAAUUUCGAAUUUUUUCAAAUAUUGGUGAAGAACUAAAAUCAUUUUUGAAGUUUCAUCAGAAAAAAUUUGACUUUAGUACAAAUUAUUUUGAACAAUGUUUAUAUAAAACACAUGAAUUAUCCCAAUCAAUGGAAGAUAAAAGGAAAUUGGCAAAAACACAAAUUGAUAAAACUAUGCUAUUAUUACAUCAAAAAAUAAAUGAACGUACAUUAGAUCUAAAAAAAGAAGUUGAUGUUUUUUUCGAGGAAGUUAAAAAAACACUUGACGAAAAUAAAAAAGAUAUUUUAGAAUCAAAACAGAAAAAUAUUUACUAUGAUAAAUUGAUAAACAUUUUUUUUAAUCAUGAUAAUGCUUUGGAUGUUAUUAAAACAUCAAAACCGUUUAUGAGUAAGGUGGAUAAAGCUAAAAGCAAUUUCUUGAAAAUACCAAUAGAUUUAAAAAGUUAUCAAUUUAAACUAGAAUUAGAUUUUGAAGGAACAUUAACGAAUGGCCUUUUGGCUAUAGAAAAUGUCGGAAAAAUAAAUUCGUUCGUGAUUCCUCAACCAGGACAUCAAGUGUGUUCUUCAAUUUUUCAACGUGAACAAUCUGAUGGUUCAACAGGUCAAGUGUUAGACUGUCAAAUGAGUAACAAUUCUUGUAUAAAUGAUUCUAAUGAAUCUGUUAAUAAUGUUGUUAAUAAUAUUGUUAAUAAUGUCCAAAGCAAUGCUAAUUGUUAUGUACCACCAAAAAAUUGCAAUUGUUGUAAUCAAUGGAUACAUGCUCAUGAAUUAUUUUUUUCAUGCCAAUCUUGUUCCCGGAUUUAUCAUAAUGAGUGUCAUAUUCCUCCAUUAGGAAAGGAGACAAUCUCAAUAAUUGGAAAUGAGUGCACACUAUGUAAAAACCUUUCAACUUAUUCUAAAAGAUUGAAUGAAAAGGACUUAUAUAUAGAUAUGCCUAUUGGUAAAUCUGAAAGAAAAAUACUUGAGCGUAUAUUAUUGGAGUUAUAUUGUCAAAAUGUUGACAGUGAUUAUUUUCGAACACUUCCAUCCAUAAAAGUGUAUCGUGACUUUUAUAAUAGAAUUCCUCAUCCUAUAUCAUUAAAUGAUAUUAAAAAGGCUUUAACAACUGAUAAUUCAUAUACAUUGAAUCGUGGUAUAAGUGACAUGAAACGAAUCUUUUCAAACACUAUGAAAUACUAUGCU